AUCCCUCGGGGCUGCAGACUGGAGCUCCACGCAAGACAGGAAACAUGUGGGCCUCCACGUUUUUUUUUUUUCAAUCAACUUUAAUGCAAAAAAACAACCCUAUCUUUCCUGGCACGUCUGCAUUUCCGGUCAUAUGUUUCCUGGGCAGAGUGGAGCUCCAUUAGCUGCAGACAGAACCUGUUGAUAUUUUGGUUUUGUUCUUAUUUACUGAGUGGGGGGUUUGCAGACGCACCGUAUUGUCGUUUGGCGUGGGGCGCGCAGAGCGGCGACCAAACCAUUUUUGGGCGGAGACCGAGGCGCGCACAUGGAUCCCAACGCAAGGAAAGUGUAUUGGUACAAAGACAAAACCAUACGCCGGUGCAGGCAACCGUGCCGGCCGGCGGGACAUUAUCACUGCCGCUUCUGUAAAAGAACAAUUAUACGCAGGAUGGAUAUAGAUAGGCAUAUGUUGUUGUGUAAAAUUUCUGCAAUGCUGAAACCCCCUGCGAGCGCACCACCCGCAGCAUCCUCUCCAGCGCCGAGCGCACCACCCGCAGCAUCCUCUCCAGCCCCGAGCGCACCACCCGCAGCAUCCUCUCCAGCCCCGAGCGCACCACCCGCAGCAUCCUCCCCAGCGCCGAGCGCACCACCCGCAGCAUCCUCUGCAGCACCAAUCGCAUCCUCUGCAGCACCAAUCGCACCACCCGCAGCAUCCUCUCCAGAGCUGAUCGCACCACCCGCAGCAUCCUCUCCAGUGUCAAAGCCAAAAAAGUCCUCCAAAUCUGCGGUAGAACACACAUAUGCACUGCCACCCGCGCCUGCUACAGCCAAUGAAUUGCCCGAAUUCGUGAAUUGCACUCAGUGCAGCCAUCGCCUUCUCAGUAAAAACUUGAAAGCACACAUGUUGAGGAAGCAUUCAGACGUGCACAAAACCAUACGCCGGUGCAUGCAACCGUGCCGGUCGGUGGGACAUUAUCACUGCCACCUCUGUAAAAGAACAAUUAUACGCAGGAUGGAUAUGGAAAGGCAUUUAUUUUUGUGUGAAGUUUCUGCAGUGCCGAAACCACCACCCGCUGCAUCCUCUCCAGUGCCGAUACCGCCCCCCGCUGCAUCCUCUCCAGUGCCGACACCACCACCCGAUGCAUCCUCUCCAGUGCCGAUGCCACCCCCCGCUGCAUCCUCUUCAGUGCCGACACCACCACACGAUGCAUCCUCUCCAGUGCCGAUGCCACCACCCGAUGCAUCCUCUCCAGUGUCAAGCCCACAAUCCUCCAAAUCAGCUAGAGUAAAUGUGACAUGCCCUCACUGUAACCUUUGUCUUCUCAAAAAGAAUUUGAAUGUACACAUGUUGAGAAAGCAUGCAGACGUGCUACAACAAAUGACCCGGGUUUGUAAGCUACGUGGUGUAAAUGUUGAUGCGACAAAUGGCAUAUUUUCUGCGCAGAGAACCAAGCAUGGAUUAUCCAAGACAGUACAGCAUAGGACAGUACAGUAUAGGACAGUACAUCUUAGGACAGUACAUCAGAGGAAAAACCAGGGGAAAGAUCCUGAAAGAACAUCUGCAAUAUCAGCUGUUGGCUAAUCUCAAAAGUAUUUGACCUUUUUAUAGUCUCUCUUACUUUGUAUAUUUGAAUGACUCGUGAUGUAUAUUCCUUUUGUGCUUUUGCCUUUUGAUAAUAAUUGAAAAAAAAAAUGAUUCCCGUAUAUACUCGAGUAUAAGCCGAGUAUAUUUUUAGUGCUGAAAAUCCCAUUCGCGGCUUAUACACAGCUGAUCUCACUGCUCCCCCUUCCCUCUACUGUGUGCUACUCACACCAGCAAUCGUUGACGUUAUAUUUCCCUGUCCGUCCGGGAUAAGAGAAGACACACAGCUGAUCUCACUGCUCACCCUUUCACUCUACUGUGUGCUACUCACACCGGCAAUCAUUGAUGUUCUAUUUCCCUGUCCGUCCGGGAUGAGAGAAGACACACAGCUGAUCUCACUGCUCCCCCUUCACUAUACUGUGUGCUGCUCACAUUGGCAAUCAUUGACCUUCUAUUUCCCUGUCCGUCCGGAAUGAGAGAAGACACACAGCUGAUCUCACUGCUCCCCCUUCCCUCUACUGUGUGCUGCUCACAUUGGCAAUCAUUGACGUUCUAUUUUCCUGUCCGUCCGGGAUGAGAGAAGACACACAGCAGAUCUCACUGCUCCCUCUUCUCCCCUUGCCCUCUACUGUAUGCUACUUACAACGACAUGUAUUGACAUUCUAUUUCCCGUCCGUCCGGGAUGAGAGAAGACACACAGCUGAUCUCACUGC